AUGGUCAUAACUAUAGAAGUAGAAAACUUCGUGGUCAAGAAAGUGCUCGUCGACCAAGGAAGCUCCGUGGAUAUCUUAUACUGGAAAACCUUCAACAAACUGCAGAUACCCUUAGCGGACCUCACUCCCCACAAUGAACCAAUAUACGGUUUCUCGGGCGAAAGGGUCCCAACCAAGGGGUAUAUCGACCUCCAUACUACAUUUGGAGAAGGAAGGCAAACGAAAACCAUACCCAUUCGCUACCUAGUUGUGGAAGCACACACAUCUUACAACAUACUUUUGGGAAGACCGUCCAUCAACGCCUUGGGGGCCAUCGUACCCACCCCACACCUCGCCAUGAAAUUCCCAUCCUCGCAAGGUGACAUAAUCACGAACAGAGCAACCUUAGCAGGUGACGACCUCGACCCAAGGGUAAACUCUGAGGCCAGGGUCGAGCCCGUUGGGGACAUAAGACACUUCCCCCUCCCGCAGCCAAAUCGAUUCCUCCAGAUUGGCACCACCCCCCCAAUUCUCACUAAACCAGACCUCAGCCUUCCCCUCAUCAUAUACAUAGCAGCAUCUACGGGCGCGCUCAGCUCCGCUCUCGUCCAAGAGAAAGACAACACCCAACAACCCAUAUAUUUCACCAGCCGAAUCCUCCAAGACCCGGAAACGCGCUACCAGAUGAUUGAAAAAAUAGCCCUCGCAUUGAUAACUGCAGCACGACGACUGCGCCCAUACUUUCAGUCCCACACCGUCAUCGUCAGAACGGAUCACCCUGUGCACAAGAUCCUCCAAAAACCAGAUUUGGCAGGGCGGCUAUCUUCGUGGGCUAUCGAAUUGUCCGAAUUCAACAUCCUCUACGAGCCACACGGCCCCAUCAAAGCACAAUGCUUGGCAGACUUCACCAACGACCUCCAGAACCACCCACCCACCCAAGACACUUGGUGGACGAUGCAUGUAGAUGGCUCCUCAAACCCCCAAGGUGCCGGGGCGGGAAUAGUGCUAGAAGGUCCCGGCGACGUCCUUGUCGAGCAAUCCCUCCGCUUCAAUUUCAAAAUGUCCAACAAUCAAGCAGAAUACGAAGCCAUAAUAGCCGGCCUCAACCUAGCACGCGACGUUGGUGCAAAGAAGCUACUUUGCAAAACAGACUCCAAGCUCACAGUAGGACACCUCAAUGGCGAGUAUCAAGUCAAAGAUGCCCUACUCUCACAAUACUACCACGCGGUAACCGCCCUAAUCGAACACUUCGAGGCUUUCAAGAUCGAACACGUCCCCAGAAGUAACAACACCAGAGCCGACAUUCUCUCAAAGCUUGCCAGCACCAAGAAGAAGGGGCGAUACAAGUCGCUUUUGCAACACACCCUCAGCAUUCCAUCCAUCGAGCAAACCAGUCAGUGCCUCAACAUCACCACCUCCGGCACCUGGAUGGAACCUUUUGUCACAUACCUCGAAGACGGAACCACCCCGGCAAACGCAGACAAGGGAUGGACCCGGAAAGCAGCGCGCUAUAUUUUAGUCGACGGUGAACUAUUUAGACGCGGCUUCAGCAGACCAUUGCUCAAGUGCAUUACCCGCGAUCAAGCCGAAUACGUCAUGCAAGAAAUACAUCAAGGCGUUUGCGGCUAUCACUCGGGUCCCAAGACCAUGGCCGCCAGAAUAUUGCGCGCCGGCUACUAUUGGCCGACAAUGGAGGAAGAUUGCACCACUUAUGUUAGAAAAUGCGCUCAAUGUCAAAAGCACGGCCCCGUCACGCACGUACCCCAGGAAGAACUUCACCACGUAUCCUCACCAUGGCCAUUCUCCAAAUGGGGAAUGGACAUAAUCGGGCCUUUUGCACCAAGAAAAGGACAGGUCAAAUUCCUACUUGUUGCCGUUGAUUACUUCUCCAAGUGGAUCGAGGCAGAACCCCUUGCCACCAUAACUGCCAAUCAGGUGCAGCGUUUCGUCUGGAAGAACAUCAUCUGCCGCUAUGGUAUCCCUCACACCAUCAUAACUGAUAACGGCCGCCAAUUCAUAGACAAAGGCCUCACCGAAUUCUACCGCAACUUGAAAAUCACACACGUCACCAGUUCCGUCGAGCACCCCCAAACAAACGGCCAAGCAGAAGCCGCAAACAAAGUCAUCCUCGGCCAACUCAAGAAGCGGCUUGACGGGGCAAAGGGCAAAUGGCCAGACGAACUCCUCGAAGUACUUUGGGCAUAUAGAUGCACGCCCCAAUCCUCCACCCAUGAGGCACCAUACACCCUUGUCUACGGCACCGACGCCAUGAUUCCCGUGGAAAUCGGACAACCAUCCCUGCGCCAACAACACCAUAGCGACCAGACCAAUGACGAUUGUAUGAACACCCAUCUCGACCUUCUAUACGAAGCACGAGAAAAGGCACGCAUCCAUGACCUUGCGACCAAAUUAAGAGCCGCUAGAAGAUACAACUCCAAGCUCAAACCACGCUCUCUCCACAAGGGCGACUUAGUCUGGAGGAUGACCAGCAAAGCAAGGAAACACGAAGGCAAAUUCUCGCCAAACUGGGAAGGCCCAUUCCGUAUACUAAAGGACGUCGGCAAAGGAGCAUACCGUCUGGAGAAACUUUCUAGAGAACCACUACCUAGCACUUGGAACAUUUCGCAUUUAAAGUUGUAUUUUAGCUGA